AUGGGGCCAGUCGCCUAUUUCGGCCUCUGCCUCCUCGGCUGCCUGAUCUUUAACCCCUCGCUGGAAGGAAUAGGGGCCACGCCCUGUCCCAGUGGCUGGCUGUUCUACCGAGGACACUGCUAUGGGUUCUUCCCCGUAAAGAAGACCUGGGCAGAGGCUGAGGUGCAGUGUCAGUAUCACCAAAAUGGGGCCCAUCUCGCCUCCAUUCUCAGUGACGCAGAAGGGACCAUGGUGGCCAGAUACAUCAGCGAGUCAGGCUUCAAGGCUUAUGUCUGGAUCGGACUCCAAGACCCCCGGCAUUACAGACACUGGAGGUGGACCGAUGGCUCCCGGUAUCGCUACAAAGCUUGGAACAUCAAGGAACCAAACAAUGAAUAUGGUGUCGAGUACUGUGUGGAGCUGCUGAGCUAUAGGGAUUUUAAGAACUGGAACGACGCUCCCUGUAACAAGCAAAACGGCUACAUUUGCAAGUAUGGACUCUAG